AUGGGUAAUUGUAUUGGUAAAAAAUCUGAUGUACAAAAUAAACAUCGCAAACAUAAUUCUUCAAAAAUAGUUUCUAAUAGCAAAUUACAUCGUAAUAAUCAACUAAAUAUAAAAUCAACUUUACCAUUAUCAUUGAAGCAAACUAAUAAUCGAUUCUGUCGUUUAUCUAAUGUAAAAGAAUCUAAUAUUUUAUUUAAUAAUAACGAUGAAAGUGAAAAACAAAUCAUUCAAUAUUCUUCAUCUUUAACAACAUUAUCAAAUGAACAAUUAUUAUGUUCAGAUACAUUACCAACAUUAUCGCCUGUUCAAUUAUCAAUUCAAUGUAAAAAAUUUAAAUCGAACAAUAAUGUGAUAGAUUUUAGUGAGACUAAUAUAGCAUAUCCAAUUACAUUGAUACAAAAUGAACAAGAUACAACAAUGGAAUAUGUAUCUAGUGAAGAAACAGAAAUCAAUAAUAAUAAGGAGGAAGUUCAGACCUUUACGCAAGAAAUAAUAUUAGAAUCCGUUGGUACAUCACCUUCACCAACACUUUCUGAUUCUUCAUUUUCAUCACUUUCUUGUAAUACAACAUCAUUUUCUUCUCAAGAUCGGCUUAUUCUUUCAUCAUCAUGUUCAUCAACUGAAAUUAAUCCUAUUCUAUUAUCAUAUCAAUUAACAAAUUCUAAUAGAUUUCAUUCUUUAUCUUACAAUGAACAAAUCUAUUUUGAUAAUCAAUCUACAAAUGAAAUAUUCUCAACUAUAUUACCAGUAUCAUUUUCACAUUGCAAAAAUGAUUUAUUUUUAAGUGAAUUUCAUCAAAAUACUAUUUCUCAUAAUUGUAAAACACUUAGUUCUGUUAUUGAUGAUAUUGUACAACAAGAAUUUAUUCGAAUUCAUCGACGGACAAAAACUAUACUAAUUGAACAUAAACAAUUUGAAUGUAUAAAUUUGAAAGAUUUAAAAAAAUUCGAUACACCAUCACUAAUAUUUGAUGAAGAUAAAAAACUUGUUUAUAUAACAAAAUAUAGUCGUUGGAAUGAACUUAAAUCAAUAACAUAUAAUACUAAGGAUGUACCACGAAUAUUAUCAUCUUGUGAUAAUUGUUCAUUAGUACUUUCUGGUUCGAAAUUAAAUAAUUAUUUACAUUCAUAUUUACUUGCUAAUACAACAUAUAAUUUAGUACAAAUAUGUUUUAAUGAAAUUAAUAAUAAUCAUAUAUUUGGAUAUAUUUCACAAAAACAUUCAAAUCAAAUUCAACAAACAAUUAUUAAUUGUUCAAAAUUAAAUUAUUCAUAUGAUCUUGAUGUUGAUUAUACAUCAUUUUAUUUUGUCUUACAUAUUCAAUCCUGGCCACAAGAAAUACGUUCAAUUUAUGAACAACGAAAACGUUUUUGGCCAUUGAAUAUUGAAAAUUUAUUUCAUAAUACAUGUUUUAUUCGAUUCAAUGAUAAUGAACAAGAAAUAUUUACAAAUGAUAAAUGUUUUACAUGUGAAAAAAUACUUUUAUCACCAUCAAAUUCAUCUUGGUCUUAUAUAUAUUCAGCAAUCGAAGCACAACUUGUACAUACUAUGUCUGAUGGACAUAUACGUUUUGCAUCGAUUUUAUGGAAUUAUUUAAAUUGUAAAACACAAGGACAAUUUCCAUUUGUAAUUUUUAAACAUACAAUCUUUUAUUUCUUUGAACGAUAUUCUUCUGAUUCAUUUAUAACCAGUGAUUUAUUUAGUCAUGUACAUCAUUUUAUUGAUUAUCUUUUAAAUUGUCUUGAAACAAAAUCUAUUCCUCAUUAUUUUAAUUCAAAUUAUAAUCUCUAUAAUGAAAAUAUUUCAAUAAUAUUAAUAAAUUUAAUAUCUAUUAAAAUGACUUAUUUAGAUUUAAAAAAUUAUUCAAUUUAUAUUCUACCAAAAUCAUCAUUAUAUCUCUAUCAUUUAAUUUAUUUAAUUCAAUUUCAAAUGAAUUUUUUACAAUAUUAUCAUUCAUUAAAAAUAAAUUUAACUCAAACAAUAAUUGAUACACAUGAACAUGUCAUUGAACAAUUAUCAUACGGUACUAAAAUAUAUAAAAAACAAUUAGAUUCCAUUAUAGCAAUAAAAUCACAUCGUCCAUUAACACUCGAUUGUCUUUAUCGAUAUCAAGAGAAAAAUGUCCAAAUAAUACUUGAUUAUUUACCAUUAUUACGUGAAAAAGAACCUUCAUUACAUAUUCAUUUACUUUGGUCUAUAUUCAUACAAUAUUUUAAUUCUUUAUUUGAUGACCUUUUUAUUUCAUAA